AUGACACUGCUCUCUACGAAUCCAGCUUUGGAAGAGUCUCUUCCGACAACCACAACCGACCCGGACAGGCUGAAUACCGAACGCGACAAUGAUCUCUGUCUGAAUUUGCCCGCGUGGGUGGAACAACUCCGCGACGAUUGGGGCGAACCGCUGGGUGUCCCGGAAUGGGACGAUGUCGAUUCGUAUCGGCAAAAGAAUGGUUGGCAAGGACGGGAUUUGGUGCACGAUCAUCACGCUCCCGUCCGUGUCCUGGAAUAUUUUGUCCAGUAUGGAAGCGGCAUUAUUACCGAUAAUAAUACAUGCAUCUCUUCCAAAGGAGGUGUCGACACGACCUUGACGGGAAUUUGUCACUUUACACCGCGUGCCGAAAGUCACAAGGGAUUCUGUCAUGGUGGCAGCAUGACCGGUUUGAUGGACGAUGUCAUUGGAUGGUGUGCCUUUUUGACCACGGGCACAUGCCGACCUUGGACGGGAUUCACAGUGCAGGUCAAUACCAGCCUCAAAAAACCAAUUCGCGUCGAUAGCUUUUUACUGGUCAAAGCAAAAAUCACAAAAGUGGAACGACGAAAGGUCUCGGUGACGGCAGAACUCAUCGACCCGGCCAAUAAUAAAGUGCCGUGCAUGCCCUGGGAGAAGGAACUGGUCGUGCUCAACAAGGAGUUUUUGCCUGAACAACAACAACACCAGCCACGCACAAGGCAUAAAACAACAACUAUUUGA